AUGUCCAUCGCGGCACGCUAUGGCACGGAUCGCCACUUACGGUCUCCCUUCAGCAAUCUGAAUACACGCCUCGUCGAGUACCUCUUGAGACAGGGCGCCGACCCGGCCGUAUUCCGUGGUGACGAAAUUAGCUCCGUCUACAGCGUCGCUUUUCUCCCUAAAUCUUUGGAAACAUGCCGCGUUCUCAGCUUGUUCCUAGAAGCCAAAACGGGCUGUCGAGGCGUCAAUCUGAACCCCUUUCCAUACGGCAGUCCGCUUCAGGUAGCCUGCUAUGUCAAUCGCCAGGAGCACGCUCGCAUCUUGCUGUCCAAAGGCGCCGAAGUCAAUGCUACAUCCGGUCAGCUUGGCGAUGCGAUGCAGUCGGCCUCGAGACUCGGACACGGGGGACUUGUGACGGAUCUGCUGCAACGUGGCGGAGAUGCCGACUCCGGGCAAGACUCCUGGCCGAGAGCAACGUAG